UUCUGUGUUACAGCUCUUCAUACAGGGCUCUACAGGCUUGUCGGAACGAUGAUAUCUGUGUGCCUAAUUCACGGGGGGGGGUUGCUCCACAUUUUUUCUCAGAUAGACUAUACAACCAGAUAUCUGGAAAACCCACAGGACCUGCUAGUCUGGCAGAUAUUGGAGACGAACAAGUUAAUGAUAGACUACAAAAAAAUGCAGAAACAAUUGAUCAAGCAAGAGAGGCGACUAUUCAGGCUUCUGAGACACUCACAGUUCUGGGGACAAUGCGUUACAUUUUGACCUUGAAUGAGAGGGACAGUCUCGUAUCCCACUCUAUCCAACAUUAUGUUGAAGGACGUGUACAGACUGCAUUUCAACAAUUCAUGGAAGGGCUGAACACACUCAAACUGGCUGAGGCCAUCCAAGCACAUCCAGUACAAUUCAAAGGAUUGUUUUUGGAAAACACACAGCAGCUAAAUGCUGCGGAUUUGAUCAGCUUAUUUCAGCCCGUUUUAUCCACAGUUGGGAGCAGCCGGCGCCAAGAGGAAAGCAGGGUGCUGUGCUACUGGAGAGACUGGCUAAUUGAUAUUGAAGGGGGAGAAUGUGUCGCACUUCACCUUGAGGACAUUCUGAUUUUUGCUUCUGGACUUUCAAGGAUUCCUCCUCUUGGAUAUCCAGUCCAGCCAACCCUGGAGUUCCUACAUCCAGCGAGCAACACAACAAAGUAGGGCUGUCCCGAUCAGGUUUUUUUGCCCUCGAGUCCGAGUCAUUUGAUUUUGAGUAUCUACCGAUACCGA